UUUAACCAGACCAGCCAGCCUUUCCUAGCUAGGUGCACUAGCUAGUGAGCAGCAAGCUUAGCCCACGUCCUUUUGAGAUUAUGGGCAGCAGAACCAGCACAGUAGCAGCUGGAGUGUGUGGAGCAUUGUUCAUAGGAUAUUGUAUAUAUUUUGACAGAAAACGACGGAGUGAUCCGAAUUUCAAGAAAAAACUGCGGGAACGGAGGAAGAAUAAGGUUUGUCAAGAACAGUCUGGACUGGCGAAGUUACCUGAUCUGAAAGAUGCAGAGGCUGUACAAAAAUUCUUCUUGGAGGAAAUCCAGCUCGGAGAGGAACUUCUUGCACAAGGUGACUAUGAGAAGGGAGUAGACCACCUGACCAAUGCCAUCGCUGUGUGUGGUCAGCCCCAGCAGCUCCUCCAGGUGCUGCAGCAGACACUGCCCCCACCUGUCUUCCAGAUGCUGCUCACCAAACUGCCCACCAUCAGCCAGAGACUCGUGAGUUCUCAGAGUUUGGCGGAAGAUGACAUUGAGUGAAUGAGGUGUGUUUGUGUAUUACUGUAACAUGGUGGGGUGUGUUUGUGUGGCUGGCCAUCGGACAACAGAUGAAGGCCGUCUCCCAGCUGUGUGCUCAGCUCCCUGCUGAGUCACCUGCUCUCUGGAGCCUCUUGUCAUGAUUCCUGUUACUGUAGCCUUGUUACCCAUCUCAUCGGACCAAUCUGGGAACAUUCUGGUUCCUAUCCUUUACAUUUCUGUGUCUGUCUGAAGUUGAAUCAUAUCAAUCAUAGAUGAAUGUGUCCCAUAAUGCUGAACAAAUGUUUUAUUUAUUCAUUGUUUCAUCUGUCUUAUAUUAGAUGAUUAGAUUCAACUUUAUUGAAUAUAUUGUAUAUGAUAUACAAAUAAUGCUCAGCAUACUUAAUUUAUACCAAUAUGCAAACAAAAUGUCAUUUUGGAUUGCUCUAGAUGGGACGGUCAAAUCUGUAUUCAUGAAAAUGUGGUGGGAGGGAUGAACUGAAUGUUUAUUUUAUAAGAUGUCAAAGGAUUGGAAAGUGAGUUCUUUUUUUGUAUUCCAAUCCUACAUAUCUAAAGUAAUUCUUUCCUUAAUUACAUGGAAUAAAAUGAGAAUUAUAUUA